AUGUCUGAAUUGACGAUACAAGCCGCUGUACUUCACGGUGUGAGAGACCUGAGGACAGUUGAGCGGAAAAUUUCACCUCCCGGUCCUGGCGAAGUCCAAGUUUCCGUCCGUAGCACAGGUAUAUGUGGCUCGGAUCAGCAUUACUAUCAUCAUUUCCGCAACGGCGACAUCCUUGUCCGUGAACCUCUAGCUCUCGGUCAUGAAUCUUCAGGCAUUGUCGAGGUCGUAGGCAGCGAUGUCACUGGUUUCCAGCCAGGAGAUCGUGUCGCCCUCGAGGUUGGCCUUCCAUGUGACAAGUGCAAGCUGUGCCUGGACGGACGCUACAAUCUGUGUCCAGAGAUGAAGUUCCGUAGCUCGGGCAAGGCGUUCCCUCACUACCAAGGGACCUUGCAAGGCCGCAUCAAUCACACCGCGAAGUGGUGCUACAAGCUACCGGAUAACGUGAGCUUGGACGAGGGCGCGCUUCUAGAGCCCCUCAGCGUUGCCAUCCACGCCGUCCGACGGGCACGCUUUCAGCCCGGCUCUAAAGCGCUGGUGCUCGGUGCAGGCGCUGUGGGUAUGCUCACGGCGGCGGUGUUGAGAGCUGAGCAGGCAGGAUCUAUCACAAUUGCAGACAUCGAAGGUCGGCGGGUCGAGUUCGCUAAGACGAACGGCUUCGCCGACGCGGGCGUGGAAGUGCCUCGCACGCGCCCCAAGAGCGAUGCCUUGGAAGACAAGCUCGCGCUGGCGCAGCAGACCUCGCAGCUACUUGUACAGGGCGGUGCUUCUCCUAAGGACGGUGCCGCUGCCCAGUAUGACUACGUUUUCGAGUGCACAGGUGUGGAGGCAUGCGUACAGGCAGCUAUCUAUUCUACGCGGCCAGGAGGUGCUGUGCUACUAGUUGGCAUGGGCACUCCUGUUCAGACGCUGCCACUAUCAGCGGCUGCGCUGCGGGAAGUAGACCUUCUGGGCGUGUUCCGAUAUGCGAAUACCUACGAGUAUGGCUUACAAUUGCUGGCAAAUGGACGAGAGCGUGGAAUGCCAGACAUAUCAAAGCUUGCUACGCAUCAUUUCAAAGGCUUUGAUAAAGCCGUUCAAGCAUUUGACAUGGCUGCGAAACCAGUGGAUGAGAAGGGAGAUUUAGUAUUGAAGGUCAUCAUAGAGUCGUGA